AUGCAAACUUACCAUGGUUUAGUUUAUCUGAGGGUUUUGAUCUGGUAUUUAAGGGUUAGUCCCUCAACAUUUAGGAUUAGCUCCUGUCUAGUUCCGAACAAGAAUCAUGGAGGAGAUCACAAAAUCGGGCCUUGUCGGGAGAAUAAAGACGUGAGUUAUGCUCAUGAAGAAGAUCACAAAGACAGUUCUCUGGAAGCGCCACAGCUAGCAUCCGUGUUGACAGAAAUGAAGGAAGGCCUAGAAGUUGUUAGGAGCAAAGUGGAGGCUCUGACUGCAAAGGUAAAAGCAAACAGUUUUCCGACAGCGGAUGGGAUGAGUUAUCUCGAGGCCAAGCAUCUGUUACUUCUAAGUUAUUGCCAAUGUCUCGUAUAUUAUCUGCUAAGGAAGGCGAAAGGAUUCUCUAUCGAUGGCCAUCCUGUUGUAAGGAGUCUUGUGGAGAUACGAAUGUUUCUUGAAAAGAUUCGACCGAUAGACAAAAAACUUCAGUACCAAAUUCAGAAGCUCACCACAGCCGGUGGGUCUGUGGCUGAACAAGCUCACUCUGAGGGUGCAGCGCCAAUAUCUGAAGAUAUUUCAAAUUAUAAGCCGAACCCAGACUUACUAGCUGACAAAAAUGUGGAUGAACCAGAGGAUGGUGCUUAUCGGCCCCCGAAAUUUGCUCCUAUGUCUAUGGAUGACAAGACGUCAAAACAGGAAAGAGAUGCUGCCAGAAAAGAGAAACACUUUAUAAGGCAAGCCGGUGAUGGUACUUACAUGAAAGAGAUGUUGGACGAUCUCGAGGACAGGCCUGAAGAGAUAAGAGAAUACUUUGGUGCUGAGAGCAAUGAACAUAAGAAGUUCAUAGCACAGUCUGAAAGGCAACAGAAGAUAGAAGAAGACAACUUUACCCGGGCACCUCGCACAAAGGAGGAUAAGAAGAGAGAGAAGCGCCUCAAGUCACGUAAUGGGUUGCUUGGACUAACCGAGAACUUCUACGACGAAAUCAAUUUCUUGGGUAAAGAUGGUGAAGAGCCAUCAAGCUUUAGAGGCAGUAAAAGGGGAGGAAAAUUCAAGAGGAGAAAGUAUUAUUCUCUGCUGAAUGAUCAACGAGGCACUGAUAUGGAUACACCCACCAGUGAAAGAAGAAAAAACGUAGUAUCAAUCUCUCUCUCUCUCUCUUCUCUCUUCCCAUCCGCCAUGGGAAACAGCUCGAGCUCCAACACCAGUCUUAGCAACCCUAAAAACAGACUUCUAGAAGAUCAUCACCAUCACGACAAACUCAAGUCUUUGACACCAAGAAACCUAAACCAAAGUCACAACAGCAACAACAACACUUCCCGGAUCUCUUUCCUCCGAUCUCCUCUGCCAUGGCUUUUCAUCUUCCUCUUCUUCCUCCCGUUGCUUCUCAUCUCCACCACAGGAGGAGGCGGACGCAAAACCUGCCGUCCUUCUUCUACCUACAGCCACCUCUCACUUCACGACCAAACAAACUCUUCCUCUGUUGUCAAAGAUCCCGAGGAAGAAGAAGACGACGAUGUGCCUCCACGUGUCCCCGCUCUGUACCCUCGGCGACCAAGGAUGUUCAACACGACGCUUGAUCACGUCGUUUUCGGGAUCGCCGCAUCUUCGGUUCUGUGGGAGACGAGGAAAGAAUACAUCAAAUCAUGGUGGCGGCCUGGUAAGACACGCGGCGUUGUCUGGAUCGACAAGAGAGUCCGAACUUACCGUAACGAGCCUCUUCCCGAGAUCAGAAUCUCCCAGGACACCUCACGUUUCCGGUACACGCAUCCGGUGGGAGACAGAUCGGCGGUGAGGAUAUCACGAGUAGUGACGGAGACGCUGCGGCUAGGGAAAGAAGGGGUACGGUGGUUCGUGAUGGGGGACGACGACACGGUGUUUGUGGUGGACAAUGUAGUUAAUGUCCUCUCAAAGUACGACCACACUCAGUUCUACUACGUUGGUAGCUCCUCCGAGGCUCAUGUUCAGAACAUCUUCUUCUCAUACUCAAUGGCAUUUGGAGGCGGUGGCUUCGCGAUUAGCUACGCGCUAGCUCUUGAGCUCUCGAGGAUGCAGGACCGUUGCAUCCAGCGGUACCCUGGUCUCUACGGCAGCGACGAUCGCAUCCAAGCUUGUAUGACGGAGCUCGGUGUACCCCUCACCAAAGAGCCUGGCUUCCACCAGUAUGAUGUUUAUGGAGACCUGUUGGGACUGUUGGGUGCCCAUCCGGUGGCUCCUCUGGUGUCACUGCACCACAUCGACGUGGUGCAGCCAAUAUUCCCGAAGAUGAAGCGGUCACGUGCGCUCCGGCACCUGAUGUCGUCAGCAGACCUUGACUCAGCCAGCAUAUUCCAGCAGUCCAUCUGCUACGACCAGAGCCGGUUCUGGUCAAUCUCGGUCUCGUGGGGCUUCUCCGUCCAGAUCAUCCGAGGCAUCAUUUCCCCACGCGAGCUCGAGAUGCCGUCGAGAACAUUCCUAAACUGGUUCCGCAAGGCAGACUACAUUGGUUACGCGUUCAACACGAGACCCGUGUCGAGACAUCCGUGCCAGAGACCGUUCGUGUUUUACGUAGACUCGGCUAAGUAUGACAAAGGGCGUCGCCAGGUGAUUGGAUACUACAACUUGGACAAGUCCAGGCGGAUUCCCAGCUGCCGAUGGAGGCUCGACUCGCCUGGAAGGAUCAGUUCUGUCGUCGUUCUCAAGCGACCCGAUCCCCUCCGAUGGCACAAGGUUGGUCCCACACUCGUUGACAUGAAGUCUAAAAGAGAUAACCGGCUGUCACCGAGGAGGGAUUGUUGCAGAGUGUUGCCGAGUCGGAGAAACACAACGAUGUAUAUUUGGGUUGGAAAUUGCGCAGACGGAGAGAUCAGUGAGCUCGACCAUCCUCAACAAGACUGUGGCACCGUGAAGAAGCUCUUCUCCGGUCAGGGUUUAGCCGGCGAGUGGCUGCUUUGCUUUUACCACCGAUGGAAGCUUUCUGAUUUCUUUCUCACUUCUCUCUUUUCUAACUUUGCUCUUCGUCACCUUUUUCCCCUUCUUCCCUUUUUCUUGCCAGUUACGAAGCUCAGGCUUAUCAGUUGCAUUGUGCGAUUGGGUUGCGUUUUGAUGAUGAGCUGUCAGAUUCUGAUUGGCGGAGACUGGGGAAACGGCAGAGGAAGCAAGAAUCGCCAAACUGACAUGAGACUCGUUUCUCACGGCCAUGGAUUUCUCAAGGCGAUGAACGGACAUUGUCUCUCCAUCGUUCAUGUCCAAGCUCACUGCGAAACCCCACCAGAAACAGAAUCAGCAAACUUUCCCGAGAAAAUUCGCAGAAUCAGAAGGGGUCAAUCUUAUCUUAGAUCCGAAAACCAAAACCAGAAAGAUUCAAUGAAUCCGAAAUUCGAGGAAAGGGAUUAA